AUAAAAGCCAAGUAUCAAACAAUAACUCUAUUAGUUAUAUUUUUUAAUUGAGUGUGGUCAUAUGCAAAGAACUACUAUUUUCAUUUCUAUUUGAAUAAAACAGCGCCAUGGAACAGCUUUUGGUAGCACUUCUGGCAGUGGCCACAACAUUGACUUCAUCGGGAGUAGCUGGGAGUGUUUUGCAUGGAAUUCCUGGCGGACCUGGAGCUUAUCCACAGUUGAUACCUUAUGAAGUUGCCUAUUCGAAUGUACAUUCACCACUCCUGCUGUCACAACUUCAUGGCUUGAGUAUUGAUGAAGCUUUAACAGCUGCUAGGAAUAAUGAAGCUCUUGCUGUAGCUGGCAAUGGACAUGAACAUAUUCCUGCACCGGUAGUUGAAAAUUCAGCGGAAGAAGCUGACAAAAGUCGGCUCAUAACACAGGAACAAUUGUACGCGCAAAUUUUUGGAGGUCCUCCGGGGUCUUCUGAGGGUAGUAAUGCAAUCGAAGAGGUACCAGCAUCGUCACCAACAACGGUAGUCGAAAGUGCACCAUCAUCUCAGGGAUCAGAAAUUUCAGUCUCAGAUCUACAAGAACCUCAAACGUUACCAGAACUGCCUCCAACUCCGAUAUCGAUAGCUCCAGACCAAAAUGAGUCAUUAGCACUUCCUGAAGCUAUACCCACUAAAAGUAUUGGUGAAGUUAUCAUCAAAGCAGAAGAAGGCAAAGUCCAAAUGCAAGCAUCUCUUGUGUCAGGCGGUGAGAAUAGAGUCCAUGUUUCAGUUGGAGACGUUCCCAGCCUCGUUACUGAUUCGGUUCCAGUAAUAAUUCCAGAAUUAUUACCCACAAAAAGCACAAAAUCACACGGUGUAGCCAAUGUAAAUGUUAACGUGAAUGUAAAUGUGAAUGGAGACGGAACCGGAAGUGUAAUUAAUUCAACUUCUGUUGCAGAUAUUAUUGCACCAAUUAAAACGGGACAACACAAAAAGUGUGAUUAAAUAAUUAAAUUUUUGUUUAUCUUUUU